AUGGAAGAACCAGAAUCAUCAGGCGAUGAUGUUUUUGUUACAGCCAGCACUGAUGAAACGUUGCCUUUCUUUAUCGGUCCAAGUGAUCUCUCUACCAUGCAGCCUGAAGGCGUUAUUACAGAUGUGCUUUCAUCAGACCAAACAGCACCACUACCUGCAGCAACCAGCCCAUCCUACAGCCCCUCUGAGAUCAUCGAACAGUCCCUCGAGUUACCAGAUUCCUCAGCGCCUACCCCUGGGAGCGCUCCUCCCGAUGGCACCGGGCUGGGAGUGCAGGAUAUCGCUGCUGAAUUGGAUCAGAUCGGUGGGCUGAGCACAGCAGCUCUGGAUGAAGGGGAGCACGGCAGCGGUUACAUCCCAGUGCUGACAACUAAGCCUGCAGAAACCACCCCAGCUCCUACGCUGAAGUAUGUAACUACCAGCUCCAUGACAACUGCAGGCAAAGGCAAAGAGCUAGUGGUUUUCUUCAGCCUGAGGGUAACCAACAUGCACUUUUCUGAUGACCUCUUCAAUAGGAGUUCGACAGAAUACAAAGCACUAGAACAACAGUUCAUGCAAUUGCUACUUCCAUACCUUCAAUCCAACCUUACAGGUUUUAAGCACUUGGAAAUACUUAACUUCAGGAAUGGAAGUGUGAUUGUGAACAGCAAAAUGAAGUUUGCCAGGACAGUGCCAUACAAUAUCACAGAAGCAGUACACUGUGUUUUGGAAGACUUCUGUGAUGCUGCAGCCCAACACCUCAAUUUGGAGAUUGACAGCUAUUCCUUGGAUAUUGAGCCAGCUGAUCAGGCAGACCCAUGCAAAUUCAUGGCAUGUGACAAGUUUUCCGAAUGCAUAAUGAAUGAGUGGACAAAGGAGGCUGACUGCCUUUGUAAACCCGGUUACACCAGUCAAGACGGACUGCCCUGCCGGAGCCUGUGCGAGCUGGAGCCGCAUCUUUGUGUCAACGGUGGGAAAUGUGAGUUAGUCCCAGGAAGAGGAGCUGUCUGCAGAUGCCCCGUACGUAGACAACAACUUUACCAAGGACAGCGCUGUGCCAAAUUUGCUCCAGAACCCACACAACCCUUCACUUUUAAACCUCUUGUUCUUGGCUUAGUAAGCCUUGCUUUUCUUUUCAUCAUUUUAAUUAUUAAGUUGAGAAGAAAAUGCAAAAGAAACUCUAAUUUGCAAAGGCCUGCUCUCAGCAGCUGCAAUUCAGAAAAUGCUGUAAGGAUUAAUCCUGCUUUUGAACACGAUGAACCCAUAUCUAGCUUUUGUCACACGGCUUGCAGUGUAAGUGCUUGUCUCGGUUCCUCAGAGAUCACUGAUCACGAAGCAUUACGCGAGCUUGAAAACACAAUUCAGCCUGGAGGUCACCAGACCAGUUUACAAAGCCAAGACUGACAAGUUAGUCCUUGAAAUUCUUCGUUUCCAGCAUCAGCCAGACAAAAACAAGGUAUUCAAAAAACAAGAUCUGCAUUAUUUAAGACUGGACUUCAGGAUGAUUAUGCACGUGAAAAAAACCUCAAGGAUUCCUAAAGAUAUAAUGUUUGUACACAUUUUAAAAAUUGUUUUACUGAAGGAAAGAAACAUGACCAAGUUGAGCACCUAUUUGACAGCAUCCAAAAUUUGCCUGGUAGGAAUUCAUAAUUGUUAAAAUGCACGCAUUAAGCAUCCAGUGCUUACAGGUCUUAACUGUUACACUUAAGAGCCGAGUGCUAGAGACAGAUUUUGCUGAGACAUGACAUUUUUCAAUAUUUGUCAAUGGAACUUCACCAUAUUUCCAUAUCCUUUUAUUAACCUUCCUUGCACACACUAACAUAAGUGGUGAACAGAAAUAUGAGCUGUCAUUGACCAAAGGACAUAUUAAAAGCCACUGGGAACUUCUUUCUCUCCCUACAAGGCUCAUGUUGCAAAUCACACAGAAGGUGGAAUUAAUUUUUUAAGGGUUUCUAUGAACAUUGUUUAUACAUAUGUACAUAUAAACUUAACUGCUUAAUUUCUGGUGACAGUGAAACUAUCAGGUUAUCCUAAGACUUCAAACUUUUUCCUGAGGCACAAUACCUGUAGUUUCAUCUUUUCAGAACAAGGUAUUUACAUUCACAAGCACCCUUCUGGUAGUAAGUAGAUUAGAACUGCACAUGACUGUGUACACUUUAAAUUCAGCAUGCACACAAAUAAUUUUAAGAGGUUACUAUUAGUUUUUGUAGAAGAAAUCUACGCAGACAUCGGGCAGCCAUUAAGUAUUUUGUAGGCUUCUUAAUUUAUGCACUAUGAAUCCACAAUCCUGAUCCAAGUAUGAGCAUUAUUUUACAUUGAGCAUGUUUUUCUUGAGUAUAUCUAUAUUUAUAUCCUGCACCAGUGUUGUACAAUAUUCAGGCACUGUUUGCCGCUUGGUGCACACCAGAAGUCGUACUUACAGCUCAAACUGAGCUUCUACAAAGUUCAUGACUAUUCUGGAUGACAGGUCCUCAUUCAGAUGUGAAACUUUUGUGUAUUUGGGACAGCAGCUGACUUCAGCAACAAUUCUUCUCUCUUCGUACCGUGCAGUUACCACAGCAAAGACUGAACUUUAAUUUACCUUAUUAUGUACACUCAGAAGAACUGUUUACGAAUUCCAAACAACUAACUGCACGGAUUUGCCUGCAAAACCACCGAAACUGGUGAUAGUGUACGAAUGAAGGCAAAGCACCAAGAAUACAAGGUUGAGUUUCUACAGAUGAAAUAGGACUUUUACUUUAUUUAACUAGAACAAAAAAUAAAGAAGAAACCUAAAGAUGUGGUUUUACCCAGUAACACUUCAGAAUAAAACUACUUUAAAAAUAUUUCUUGCAGGGCACUGGAAGUCAUCCCUGCCAACAAACGUUAGCUUUUCACUAUUGCUCAUGUAAGCUAAGAAUACAUUAAGAAUGCUGAUAGCAUUCCAUUUUUUUUCCAUUACAAAUGUAUUUUUGUAUGUGUUUAGUAUAUUUCAAGUCAUAUUAGUUAUCACUAGCCUGAUUAUAAAGUAAGUAGUUUUAAAAUGUGGAUUUUAAUAAUGAUUAUUCAUGAUUGUAUUUAUCACUCUCAACUAUUAAUUACCAAAUAUAUUUGCUGGACUUAAGCCUUUUGUAUUUAAAUAAAACAUAAUAAAACUAUUUACUUGAAAAUUUCAAUGGGAACUGAACCAGUACUUAAUCUCAAACUAAAACACAUC